CCGGCGGGCGCGGUGCGGAGGUGGCGGCGGCUGCGGCGGCAGUGGCGGCUAAGGCUGAGGCGCGGGGCUGCGGCGAUGCGGCGCUAUCUGCGCAUCGUGGUGCUGUGCCUGGCCUGCGGCUUCUGCUCGCUCCUCUACGCCUUCAGCCAGCUCGCCGUGUCGCUGGAGGAAGGAGCGGGCGGAGGUGGCGGGAAGCCGCAGGCCGCGGCGGCUUCCUGGCUCCCGGGCGGCGGACGCGGCGGCGCGAGAGGGGUGGGCAGCGUGGGACCCGCAGCUCAUUCCGGCCGCUCGGACAGGUGUAAAGAUUUCUCUCUGUGUUACUGGAAUCCCUAUUGGAUGCUGCCCUCUGAUGUUUGUGGAAUGAACUGCUUUUGGGAAGCGGCUUUUAGGUAUGGUCUGAAUGUACAGCCCAUUCAGAGAAUGCACCUCGCUGUGGUUGCCUGUGGUGAAAGACUGGAAGAAACUGUAACCAUGUUGAAGUCAGCUAUCAUUUUCAGCAUCAGACCUCUUCAGUUCCAUAUUUUUGCUGAAGAUCAACUACAUGAUAGUUUUAAAGGCAUACUUGAUAGCUGGUCAUUUCUGCAGACAUUUAAUUAUUCAUUAUACCCAAUAACUUUUCCAAGUGAGAAUGCAGUGGAGUGGAAAAAGCUUUUCAAGCCAUGUGCUUCCCAGAGAUUAUUCUUGCCAUUAAUCCUGAAAGAAGUUGACUCACUACUGUACGUCGACACUGAUAUCCUUUUUUUACGGCCUGUUGAUGAUAUUUGGUCUUUACUAAAGAAAUUUAAUUCUACACAAAUUGCUGCAAUGGCGCCAGAACAUGAAGAGCCUCGGAUAGGAUGGUAUAAUCGCUUUGCCAGACAUCCGUAUUAUGGAAAAACUGGAGUAAACUCUGGGGUUAUGUUGAUGAACAUGACUAGAAUGAGAAGAAAAUAUUUCAAGGUAAGUCACUGAUAUAGGUAGCUGAUUAACAGUUCUCUACUUUCCU